GGGUCCCUCAGAAGGCUAUAUAAAGGAAAGCAGUAGUCGCACUAGUGCUUGGUGGUUUCUCACAGGCUGAGGUGACUGAGACUGAGCUGAUCUUGAGCCAUGAGCUUGCUGCUGUGCUUGGGCGCGUUGGUGCUCCUGCUGAACACUGUGCCAGGGGGCUCCAUGCGGCAUGGGAUUAUUGGCGGAAAUGUCUCGGUUCCACAUAGCCACCCAUUUAUGGUCUAUAUAUUUGACUGGAAAAAAGGAGAGACCUGUGACGGCUUCCUGGUGAGCGAGAACUACGUGAUAACUGCAGCGCACUGCAAUGGAUUUCUUGUGGCUUUCUUAGGAAUUCAUAACACGUCAAAAAUACAUAUCAACUACAGCGUGUCUGUAAGUGCAAUUCCCCAUCCUAAAUACAACAACGAAACCUAUGAAAAUGACAUCAUGCUGUUAAAGCUCUGCAAACCAGUAGUGUUCAGCGACACGGUGAAACCGGUGGCCCUGCCGACAUGUAAGAAUGAAAAAAUCCCAAAGAAAUGCACGGUGAUGGGCUGGGGAAGCAUCGACUUUAAUGGAAGGAAUUCAUCAAAAGUCCUGAAAGAGGUCAACGUCACCCUCUCUAAAGCCAAUGACUGUACUGCACCGGACAUGAUCUGCACUGAGGGCAAAACGGGGCCUGGAAAAGGUGACUCCGGAGGUCCACUCGUUUGUGGAAACGUCGCACACGGAAUUGUGUCCAGUAAUUAUGCAUUCAACAACGAAAUUGUGUCAAGAUAUGUUCGCAUAACCUACCAUCUUCCCUGGAUUAAAUCCACUAUGAACAAACCUCCUAAAGGCAGAGGUCGUGCUGAUCUCCAUUCUAAAUGCUGAGACUAAAGCUUUCUGACUUGAUCUGAAAUGUUAAUUUACGGUAAGAUUCUCAAUAAAAUACCUGAAUUAUGA